GCUGGCCAUUACCAUUAGCCACCAUAACCAGAGGGAGCUGUGAAUCCUGCAACACUCAUCUCUUUUCUUCCCCCCCAGAAUCAAAUGAUUCAAAAAUGGGUAAAACCGAUUCUUCCAACGCCAGCAAUUUGUCUCACUGCAUUGCUGAUUCUCGUUUUUACAAGCACCGGGCUAGCCAGCAAUGGACUUUACGAGCCGUGCGCGGACACAAGGGUUCAGAGAUCCGAUGGCUUCACCCUCGGCAUCGCAUUCUCUUCCCGCCCGUCUUUCUUCAUUGACCAGUCUCACCAGCUCUCUCCCUGCGACCGUCGUCUGUCUCUCGCCUCUCUCAAUUCCCAGCUCGCCAUUUUCAGGCCCAAAGUUGAUGAGAUCUCACUCCUCACUGUCAACACCUCUACCUUCUUCCCGGAUUCUUUUGGUGGAUAUAUGGUGGCAUUUGCUGGUAGAAGAUAUGCUGCAAGGUCUGUUCCUGCUUUCGUUGCGAACAGCACUUACACUGUUACCAGCUUUACUCUGGUAAGAACACGGUCUUACAAUGUAUCUUCAUUAAACAGGACGAAGCACAAGUAAAUAGGAAUUUCCUUCUUCUCUGAACUACUAUAUGUAUAUAUAUAUAUAUGUAUAUGUGUAGAUAUAUAUAUGAAUAUAUAUGUAUAUUCCGAACUAUUUUGUAGGAUUAGAAUGUAUUGAGGUUGAUGUUCGGGUUAGAGAGAAAACACUUAAUAAUUUUGUAGUCUUUGAUAGCGAAUUUGGAUCCAUCUCAGGUGGAGUAAGUAACCCUGACUAAAACGUAUAAAAUUUGAGGUAGUUUAUUUACCUGUUCCUGAUAUUAGAUCAAACAACAUAUGAAGUCAUAGGGAGAAAUCUUCUGUAGCUUGUACCGUUGGGUUCUUUUUUGUACAAGUGACUUGUUCAAUCACCAUAAAUGGACCUAGCUCGGAAAAUUUCGACAAAGUUCUGAUUUGUUACAUCUUGUUAAAGGAGUGACCUUUGCUAAUUAGUUACUUGAAUCUCGAAAGGGUCGAUUACCGAAUUUGUUCAAUAACCACACAUGGACCUAGCUCUGUUAAUUUCGACAAAAGUUUUGUUUUGCUACAUCUUGUUAAAUGAGUUACCUUUAUUAAUUAAUUUUUGAAAGGGUCUAUUUCAGAACUUGUUCAAUAACC